GAUCCGAGCGGGCAGGAAGAGAGACGCGUCACGUGUGUUCGUGUUAGAGCGUGAGACACGUGUGUUCGUGUGAGAGAGACACGUGUGUUCGUGUGAGAGAGACACGUGUGUUCGUGUGAGAGAGACACGUGUGUUCGUGUGAGAGAGACACGUGUGUUCGUGUGAGAGAGACACGUGUGUUCGUGUGAGAGAGACACGUGUGUUCGUGUGAGAGAGACACGUGUGUUCGUGUGUGUGAGAGAGAGCGUGAGACACGUGUGUGUGCUUGAGUGUUUAUUUCCACCGCCGCCAUGGUUCGCAAGCUUCGCUUUCACGAGCAGAAGCUGCUCAAGAAAGUCGACUUCAUCUCGUGGGAGGCGGACGCGGACCGCAAGGAGCUGCGAGCGCUACGCCGCUUCCACAUCCAGCGCCGCGACGACUACACCAAGUACAACAAGCUGAGCCGCGAGGUGCGCACGCUGGCCGGCAAGCUCAAGGAGCUGGACCCGGCCGAUCCGUUCCGCAGUGAAGGCACGAACCGCCUCCUCGACAAGCUGUAUGCCAUGGGCAUCAUCCCCACCAGGCAGGGCCUGCAGCUGUGCGACAACGUGUCGGCGAGCUCCUUCUGCCGGCGGCGGUUGCCAACGAUCAUCAUCAAGCUGAGGAUGGCCCAGAAUCUCAAGAUGGCCGUCACCUUCAUUGAGCAGGGACACGUUCGAGUUGGGACGGAAGUGGUGAUGGACCCGGCUUUCCUCGUGACCAGGAGCAUGGAGGACUUCGUCACGUGGGUGGACUCGUCCAAGAUCCGGCGCCAUCUCAUGGACUACAACGAAGAGAGAGACGACUUUGACCUGGUCGGGUGAAGCGGGGGGCCGCCGUCACCACGCGAUUCCUGGCCCUGCGAGCGAUGUGGAGACAUCUGAAGCUCGUGCCGGAGCUGCUGUCCACAAAAUACAAGGGCACGAGGAGACGCUGGACAAGGUCUGCUCUGGCCCAGACUUUCGGCCGUUACAGAUCUCUGUUACUGGACAGUGCUCGGCCACCCAUUUUAUUUGGCACUGCUUUGGCCACCUGGUUGGCCACCUUAACUCUUCCAUUACAAAAGCAGGAGGCUGGCCAAGAUACUGUCGUGGAUUCGUUCAUAAUUACACCACCGUGUUCAUAAAACCUGACAUGGUAGACUGAAUUAAAUAUUUUCUAUAACUUUGUUUUGCGGUUUUAAAUGGUUAAUAAAUGUGUGAAAACCGUCA